CUUAUUUUGGCUGCUUGGCUCAUCUCGCAGAACAUCUUCAGUUAAACUCGGCCAACGAAGCGGACAAGAACGAAGCUCUACAGUUCUCAGCACUACAGAAAUUUUAUUUAUACCUAUUUAAAGACAUAAAACCGCAAUGAAAAUGAUUUGCCAAAUAUUGUGUAUAGCGGCGAUGUCAGCUUUGGUUUCAACAGCGGCUUUGGAGAAAGGUGAACGAGAGGAGGCGCUCCAUUUUGGGUUCCAGACAGAAAAUGGUCACCGGAGAAAUGAGGCUAUAACAUACACAGUAAAACCGAAAACGGAUAAAGAGCCCAACGAAGUGACAACACAAAAGCCUGUGGAAUUUAAGGGUGGCUAUAGCUUUAUAUCGGCCGAUGGCUAUGAGUACCAGGUCCUCUAUAAGGCCAACAAGAACGGAUUCCAGCCCUAUGUGACCGCCCACAAAAUCAAACCGGAUAAAAGUUAGUCAAACAGUUUUCUUUGUAUUGUGAUAGAUAAUUAAAGAACCGCAUAAUGUAUCA